CUGUGUUAUGAAAAAGUUUUAUGGGAGGAGAGAAGAAAAAGGAAUUAUUUUCUCUCUGGGAGUGAAUCAGGGAAGACUCCAAAGAGGUGACAUUGAAAGGUGCUAGGAUUUUGCAGAAAUCUGUGUACAGAAAUCUGAGCCAAGGCCCAAAGAGAUAAAAUCAACAGUGUUUGAUGACUGCAAGAAAGAAGAUGAAUGGAAGAUAAUGCUUUUAGAUGAAUUUACCACUAAGCUUUUGGCAUCGUGUUGCAAAAUGACAGAUCUUCUAGCAGAGGGUAUAACUGUUGUGGAGAAUAUUUAUAAGAAUCGAGAACCUGUCAGACAAAUGAAAGCUCUUUAUUUUAUCUCUCCAACGUCAAAGUCUGUAGAUUGUUUUUUACGUGACUUUGGGAGUAAAUCGGAGAACAAAUAUAAAGCAGCAUAUAUAUACUUCACUGACUUUUGCCCCGAUGGUCUCUUUAACAAAAUUAAGGCUUGCUCCAAGUCAGUAAGAAGAUGUAAAGAAAUAAAUAUUUCCUUUAUUCCACUUGAAUCUCAGGUAUAUACUCUUGAUGUACCGGAUGCAUUCUAUUACUGUUACAGUCCAGACCCCAGUAAUGCCAGUGGAAAAGACGCCGUCAUGGAAGCGAUGGCUGAGCAGAUAGUUACAGUCUGUGCUACUCUGGAUGAAAAUCCCGGAGUAAGAUAUAAAAGUAAACCUCUAGAUAAUGCCAAUAAGCUUGCGCAGCUUGUUGAAAAAAAACUUGAAAACUACUACAAGACUGAUGAAAAGAGCCUAAUAAAGGGUAAAACUCACUCCCAGCUCAUAAUAAUUGAUCGUGGCUUUGAUCCUGUGUCCACUGUCCUGCAUGAACUGACGUUUCAGGCAAUGGCAUAUGAUCUACUGCCGAUUGAGAAUGACACAUACAAAUAUAAAACAGAUGGGAAAGAAAAGGAGGCAAUCCUUGAAGAAGACGAUGACCUCUGGGUCAGAAUUCGACAUCGGCAUAUUGCAGUUGUGUUAGAGGAAAUUCCAAAGCUUAUGAAGGAAAUUUCGUCAACAAAGAAAGCAACAGAAGGAAAGACAUCGCUUAGUGCUCUUGCCCAACUGAUGAAAAAGAUGCCCCAUUUCCGUAAACAGAUUACCAAGCAAGUUGUUCAUCUUAACUUAGCAGAAGACUGCAUGAAUAAAUUCAAGCUUAAUAUAGAAAAGCUCUGCAAAACUGAACAGGAUCUGGCACUUGGAACUGACGCAGAAGGACAGAAGGUGAAAGAUUCUAUGCGAGUACUCCUUCCAGUUCUACUCAACAAAAGUCAUGAUAAUUAUGAUAAAAUAAGAGCAAUCCUGCUCUAUAUCUUCAGUAUUAAUGGAACUACGGAAGAAAAUUUGGACAGGUUGAUCCAGAAUGUAAAGAUAGAAAAUGAGAGUGACAUGAUUCGUAACUGGAGUUACCUUGGUGUUCCCAUUGUCCCUCCGUCUCAACAAAGCAAACCAUUAAGAAAGGAUCGGUCUGCAGAAGAAACUUUUCAACUCUCUCGAUGGACACCUUUUAUCAAAGAUAUUUUGGAGGAUGCCACUGAUAAUAGAUUAGAUUCAAAGGAAUGGCCAUAUUGUUCCCAGUGUCCAGCAGUAUGGAAUGGCUCAGGAGCUGUAAGUGCUCGCCAGAAACCCAGAGCUAAUUAUUUAGAGGACCGAAAAAAUGGGUCAAAGCUGAUUGUUUUUGUAAUUGGAGGAAUUACAUACUCUGAAAUGCGUUGUGCUUAUGAAGUUUCUCAGGCACAUAAAUCCUGUGAAGUUAUUAUUGGUUCCACGCAUAUUUUAACACCGAAAAAGCUGUUGGAUGAUGUAAAGAUGCUGAAUAAAUCCAAGGAUAAAGUCUCCCUUAUUAAGGAUGAAUAGCAUUUUUUUUGAGGGGAGGGAGUUGGAGAUUCUUGUUAAUAUGUUUAACUAAAGUAGAUUAAGACGAUGUUGCUAUCAUGUAAUUUAAACAAUGUAAAUAUUUUAUAGAAUAAUGACUUUUCAAAUCUAUUUCUUAAAGGACUGUUUAUGAUUACAUAUAAUUGGAUUUGACACUUAAUAAUUUAAAUAUUGUUGAUGCUUCAUAGAUGAUAAGAAAAAAUGUUAAAAUGCUUUCUAAAAGGAAAUUUUUUUCACCUUUGGAACAGAAUAUAUUAGAGUUGUGCGUAAUUUUUCACAGCUACCUCUGUACAUAUUUACUAUUUGUUAGAUACUUACCUGUCUUAUGAUGAAGUGUAGAUUUUUGGGAAAGAAUGACUUUAAAUGGAAAGGUUAUAAAUGUAAAAACUGUAAAUGUGUACGUGUGAUAGAAUUAUUUCCUAUGAGUGCAGUUUUUCUUUCAGCUGAAAUUCAUAAUUUCUUUUAUGUGUAAAAUAAUUCAGUCAUUACAGAAUGAUUGCACAGUGUAUACUGUCUUGUUAGAUACUUCUAAAGAACACAAUUUUAUAUAACUUUGAAAUCAUGUAUGUUUAAAUUGGAAAACCAAAAAGAAUCAUGAACAUUCUAAGAGAAAAUAAAUAUAUAGUUA